AUGAACAACGACGAAUUGGAACGGAUUCUUUCCUUAGAAGAGUCUGCACUUAAUAGAACUGCUGAGAUAGAACGUGUCCUCAAUUGUAAUGAAUUCGACUACUUUGAUAUUCUUCAGUUGAACCCGUUGAGUACAGCUGAUGAUCUUGGUCUGAUUAUCAAGCGAGUCUAUCGUAAGAAAUCAUUGCUUAUACAUCCAGAUAAGACUGAUCAUCCUCGUGCAUCUGAUGCAUUUGAUAGAUUAAAAAAAGCAGAGAAGGUGCUUUCUUGUGCUAAUGAACAAGAGGAGGAGUUCAAGGAAAAGAAUCGAUUGAUUGCAAUCUAUCACAGUGUGACUAGCGAAGGAAAAGACUAUGAUUUAGACAAAGUCAAGAAACAAGUGGCGGAGAUCUUGCAGGAUGAAAUCAACGAACAGGAGUUGCAAGUAUUAUAUCAACAAACUGCAAAGCAAAGAAAACAUGAACAGGAGCAGAAAUUAAGACAAGAACGGGAAUUGAAGAAACAAUUGGAAAGCAAAUGGGAAGACGAACGUGACGUUCGUGUCAAGAACUGGAGAGACUACUCGUUCAAGAUCGACAAGAAGAAAAAGAAAAAGACUGGAAAGCCAAAGGUUCUCGUAUGA